AUGAAGCUACACACCACAUUCUUCGCAGCCAUCUCCCUCCUCUCCACCACCGCAAUCUCCCAGUCCUCCCAAGUAGACAAAGUCUACAAUGACGUAUCAACCAUCAACCGCAACGUCCUAGAACUCACCGAAACCACCCAGAACUACAAUGGUGGACUCAUCAACCAACUGCCCUUCAUCAUCGACUUCAAUCCCAUCUACCUCGCCACUCGAAAAGGCUUCUACGAUUCCCUGCUCUUGCCCAAUCCACUGACACAAGCUGACGCGCAGCGUCUCAUCGAACAUGUCAAUGUCACGCUUGCUGUCAACAAUCCCAGGGCGGUGGAGGUCGUGAAGAGCAAGAAGGUAUUCUUUGAUGAGGCGGGUACGUCACAGGUGGUGAAGGGUGGAUUGGAGCUGUUGUUGUUUGCGCAUUGGAGUUUCAGUAAUGAGGUUGCUAAGCGGGUUGUGGAUGAGGAGCAGAGAAGGGAAGGGCAGGCGGUCAUCGAUGUUAUUACUGUAGCCCUAGAGGAUGGAAUUGCGUUCUUCUCGUCAUGA